AUGAGAAAGAUUUUGUGUUAUCUGUCUAUUCACAGUUACACAGAAGAACAUUGCCCAACUACAGACAUAACAAAUUAUACCUCAGUUAUACCUCAAAUUAUAACUCAGAUAUGUGCAACAUCAGCUUUAAUUAGAAUAAGCUUCGAUCAAGACACAAAACGGUCGAAUCCUACUGGUCUUACAUACAAUGUUCUUAGUCUUCCAUCGAAGAAAGUUGCUAUGAUUGUAAAAUUGGAAAUGGACUGUUGCAUUCGUUACUGUGCUCAUCACGGUGAUAAUGAAACAGAGGUCAGAGUCAGAAUUGCUAAACUAGCACACCCUGAAUUAACAUUUAAAUGUACAGAAAAUGAAAUGAGAAAAGAUGUUAUUAACGAAACGAUAAGUGAUGUGAUUAAAAAACAAAAGGGACGUCUAUAA